GCACUCAUGGACGAAUUCGGAGGUCAAAACUUCUCAGUCAUUGGCUUCCCCUGCAAUCAGUUUGGCCAUCAGUCUCCGGAGGAAAACAGUGAAGUUUUGAACGUUCUGAAGUAUGUGAGGCCAGGUGGAGGAUUUGUGCCCAAGUUUCCCGUCUAUGGCAGAGUCAAAGUCAAUGGAUUACACGAACAUCCUCUUUUCACUUAUCUCAAGAUGGCUUGUCCAUAUGUUAACCCCAUCCUUGGAAAUCCGAGGAGACUUUCAUGGUCUCCUGUAAAAGUCAGCGACAUCCGCUGGAAUUUUGAAAAGUUCAUUGUUCGAGUGGACGGAACUCCAUACAAGAGGUAA